GCCUGCACUUGCUGCGGAGCUUGUUUCACUGGACUUGCCCUGGUAGGCGCAUCGCUUCGCUACGUCGAAGCCUACCUUACUGCGCCUGGCGCGGAUGGUGCCGAGGGCCCCAAGGAUGGGGCAGCCGCUACCGCCCCGGCGCCCGUUGAAGCCGUGCCCAACGGAACAGCCGCUAGCGUCGCGGCUGGACAGCCAGGUCAAAGUCUACCUGCAAAAAACCAGAGCCGUGAGCUUUACGAUGCCUGUUGGUACGGUGACUUUGAUGGUGCCUACGACGCCCUGGAGGCCGGAGCUGACUGCAACGCCACCUUUGGAGUGCGGAAGAUCUGCUCCUUGCAUGUGGCGGCUCGCACGGGGAACACGGCCAUCAUGAACAUGUUGUUGAGCUCUGCGCCGCAGGUUGACCUGCGAAAUAAGGACGGCGAGACACCGUUGUUCGGUGCUGUGACCGAAGGACAUGUGGGCACGACACAGGCCCUGGUGGAAGCUCGGGCGGAUGUCAACGCCCGGGACCACGAAGGAAGGACGGUUCUGCAGAUUGCCGAAACUCGCGGCUACCAGGAUUUUGUGGAGUUCCUCACAUCCUGCGGGGCGAAGGCGGGCACUGCCGAGACUGCUGAGACUGGCGGCUGA